GAAUCGAUUCGAAGGAAGAAUUAGUAUGCGCGGCCGUGCGCACGCAUGAAAUUUCUUUAAUGAAACCACAUGAAACAACGAUGUAAAAACGUAAAUAACAUCGGAGAGGAGAUUAACAAAUGUUUUUGAGAUUACGCUCUACUUAAGACCAGUUAAAGCCGGAAAUACUCUUCAAUUUAAUGGUUUAAUGGAUAAUUCGCCGACAGGAUAAUGGGACUGCGGUAACUUGGUCGUAAAAGUAACAUUGCGUGUAUCUAGGAACUUAAACAUUCUCAUUACUAAACACGAAACCUGUGUUUCUGUUGUACAUUUUUGUGGAAGAUCUUCUAAUCAGACAUUAUGCAAUGGUUCUGUGGCUGGACUCCUUCUCUGUUCCUCGUCUGGCUCGGUUUGAUGGCUGAUAUAAGGUCACAAAGACACAAGGCAGCUAAAUGUCCAAAUGAUGGAAACCUCACCACAUAUCAAGGAAUAUUGAAGAGUCCAGGAUUUCCAAAAUCUUCGUAUCAAGCAGACACAGUUUGCAUUUGGGUGAUAACUGCGCCAAGAGGUGGCAAAGUCAAAUUUGCAAUAUCAACAAUGGAGCUAGAGGACUGUUCUUUGUGCCGUUGUGAUUACGUUGAAGUCAGGGACGGUGCCACGGCUAAUAGUCAACUUAUUGGCAGGUUUUGUGACGAAGAGAGAGUAAAUCUUUAUUCAGAAGGAAGACACAUGUGGGUGAAAUUUAGAUCAGAUGUGGCGAUGGAAUAUCAAGGAUUCUCUGCCAGCUUUUCUUACUUGAAAUUACGAAAAAAGGAACCUUUCAUUCUGCAGGCAAAUGGAUCAUCCCAACUCAUAGCUAGUUCAAAAAGUCCAGCUGUUUGUGGCUCUGAGAAAAAAUGCAUAUGGAUAAUUUCCGCUCGUGAAAGAUGUAAAGUUCAAAUCUCACUAAAAUCAUUUGCCUUCCUGAAUUGUUUGGGACCAUUUGUGGAGAUCAGAGACGGCCCUAGCUCUUCUAGUCCAUCAAUUGGAAGGUUUUGUGGAGAUGAGAAGCCUCCGCCAGAAAUCUACUCCAUAGGAAAUAAUCUAUGGAUAACUUUUGAAUACAACUCUACCAGAGACUUACAAAUGAAUGGUUUCCAGCUCUUGUACAAAGAAGUACAAUGCACCAAUAAACCACAGAUAGGAUUCUUCACUGAGCCUUUGAAUUCUGAUCAUUGGAAAAGUAUGGCCGUUGGAAUCGGCUGCACAAGUUUUUUUCUUUUUGUUGUUCUCGUGUGGUGUUUUCUGAAGGUAGCAAGCAAUGCCAGUCGCUUUGUAGAAUUCGAGCGAACAAUGUCACUGAUUGAGCAGAAUCCAACAGAGUCCUCCAUUGCGGAAACAUGUUUUACUAACGACAGAGAUCUGUGAUGCACUGACUAAAAACACUUGAGGAUCAAAAACUAGCAAAAGAGCCGGUUCUAUCCCUCCCGGGAUUACAGGGGCUAAAUAAAAGCGCUCUGAGCGGCAUAUAACCACCAACACAGUUGUCAAACGUUUGCGCGUGUGCGAAAGUUGUAAUGACUAGCUAGGGGCCUUACUUUCAGGCUGUUAGAACCAAGUCGUCUCAAACCAGUUACAAACAACUACACAAAAAAGUGAGUCAAGAUGUUUUUCCUCAUGUUUUCCUUUGAAAUUUUGCGCGGGAAAUUGGCGUGCAGCCGGUCACAAUUGAUCCCCUUGCGCAUGCCCGACGUUUGACCGCUGUGUUCAUGUAACCGCACAGAUUCGCACAGCCGUGCAACAUAUACGUAGAGUUAUCCUAAGAAACAAAUAUAAACCCUCAAUAAAGGACAUAAUUGUACAAAAGUCACAUGUUUUCUUAAGACAUUUGCUCCAUCAGAACAUUAAGCAUUGAAAAUAUAACUAGCAUGGUACCGCUGACCAUCCGAGUGGUAGAUUUGUUACAAUAAUCUUCCUCACAGCAAUAUACCUCACAGGUAUCAUUGCCACGAGCCUUGCAUGAAGGAGCCUCGCAUGCACUUGCACUAAGACAACCCCGCUGGUAAGUUUCUUGUGUAUACUUGGAAGCCUUGAUGUAUGUCUUAAUGCAUCUGUCAAACCCAAACUUUCCAUCACAUUGCACGAGUUUCAUGCUCUCGUCGCACUCCUUAAAAGAGACUCGACUUUCGCAGUAGUAACAUCUAAUGUCUUCCCACCGAUCGUCUGAAGUUCGAUUCCUCAUGAGGACUUGAGUUGCUCCACAUUUGUGACAAGACGAGAAACAUAUUUAUUUUUCAUGUAAAAUGUAAAUUCAACUUCGCGUGCUUUUACGUAUUACUAUAAAUAUUAUUAUUACCCCAAUUCAUGCCAGAUGGCCACAGUUAUUUUAAUACGAUGGACUGUAGAUGUUAAUUAGCGGUGACAAGAUAUGUCUACAUUAAAUUGGCAAAUAACACUCGGGACUCUUUUUUCCCUUGUUGAAAAAAUACCAAAAUGGGUUAUUCCCAAGGACAGACAUGGAGCAAAGGACUAUUUCACUGCGUCAUACACAGUGACCGAAGGGGAU